CCCCUUUGAUUCGAUUGUGUGAGUGAAGAAGGGGGUUUGGUGCUCUCGAUACUUCCGAUGGAUGCUUUGAUUCUUGGGUCCUCUACUGGAGGACAUUCUUUGUUCAUCCCUGGAAGGAGUAGUUGGAGGAGAAAAGACUUGAAGCCUGAUAAUAUUCCAGGUUUUUCCAGACGAGUGCAAGUGUCGACAUGCUAUUCAUAUAAUAUCAUAGAAAACUUUUAUACCAAAAGGUUUCGGAAACAUAUUGUCAAGCACCAUGCUAGAGGAAUUCAGGAAACAUCUACAGCCUCCCAGAAAAGUAAUACAAAGUUUCUGGUGAAGGCCACUUCUGGUCACCCUCUUGAAUCUGAGCCUGGAGCUUACCCCGAUACCCCUUGGAAUUCUGUUAAAAAUGCAUUGGAUGCUUUUUACAGGUUUUCACGGCCUCACACAGUUAUAGGAACAGCACUCAGCAUUGUUUCUGUUUCUCUUCUUGCUGUUGAGAAGUUAUCGGAUAUUUCUUCCCCGUUUUAUACUGGGGUAUUGGAGGCUGUGGUUGCUGCCCUUAUGAUGAAUAUUUAUAUUGUUGGUCUAAAUCAGUUGUCCGACAUAGAGAUUGACAAGGUUAACAAGCCUUAUCUUCCAUUAGCAUCAGGGGAGUAUUCAACUUUGACUGGCAUCUUGAUUGUCACAUCAUUCUCCAUCAUGAGCUUUUGGCUUGGAUGGGUUGUUGGUUCAUGGCCAUUAUUUUGGGCUCUUUUUGUCAGUUUUGUGCUUGGGACUGCAUAUUCAGUCAAUUUGCCACUAUUGCGAUGGAAAAGGUUUGCAUUGGUUGCAGCAAUGUGCAUCCUAGCUGUUCGUGCUGUGAUUGUUCAACUUGCUUUUUAUCUGCACAUACAGAGUCAUGUAUUCAGCAGACCAGCUGUCUUUUCGAAGCCUCUAAUUUUUGCUACUGCAUUCAUGAGCUUCUUCUCCGUAGUUAUAGCGCUCUUUAAGGAUAUACCUGAUAUUGAAGGAGAUAAGAUAUUUGGAAUCAAAUCUUACACAGUACGUCUGGGUCAAGAGCGGGUGUUUUGGACCUGUAUUUCACUUCUUGAAAUGGCAUAUGGUGUUUCUAUUUUGGUUGGAGCAACAUCUUCCUACACCUGGAGCAAAGCCAUCACUGUUCUAGGUCAUUCCAUCUUGGCUGCAAUUUUAUGGAUCCGUGCCAAAUCGGUUGAUCUGAAGAGCAAAGCUGCAAUAACAUCAUGUUAUAUGUUCAUAUGGAAGCUAUUUUAUGCGGAGUACCUUCUGAUACCACUUAUAAGGUGAGUGGUGAAGCAUUUUAUAUAACCCUAAAGAUGGUUUCAUCCACAAGUAAGGAUCAAAAGAUGCCGUGGAGUUGAAGAUAUAAAAA